GUAGGCCGAGUACUUUACGGCAAAUUGACGACAAUUUAAACAAUAAUGUCGGCCCACAGCGGCGGAACGGAUUGGAAUUCCGUGGUUAAAGCUCUGCUACUAAACCGUACAGGAGCCCUCAACAAGAACGAAGUAGUUAACCUGCUAAAAGCGAUCACGCGAUGCGAACAUGAUUUUUUCGAGGAGGAAAGCAAUUUCACCCAGUUUUACACGGCCUUUGCGGCCCUGGCGGCUGACAAACUUAUGCAAAUCAAGACGAUUUGCCAGACGCAGAUAUGUCAGCUGCACGAUGCCACCGCCGUGCUCAUCCGGUUCAUCCUCUACAGGCUGCCCAGGGUAUCCGUGUACGAGACCAAGUGGCUCCUGGGCGCACUCAAGAUGCUCUGCGAGGGCCGGGAGAAUCCCCCAUCUACAUCGACGGCCACCUUCGACUACAACGCUGUGGCCAAUGUCCUGAAGAGCUGCAAGCAUCCGGAGUCCACCACAAAGAGCAUAAUGCCCAGCAGCAGUUCCUCGACCAGCGGAUCGAGCAACGACAAGGAGUCGCCCAAGUCGGAGAUCAAGCGAUCCAGAUCGGACCUGUCCUCUGUUAUCCUGCAGCAACUGAUUGCUCCUCUGGAGCCCGGCAAAAUGACAUGGGUUCCCCUCAGCGAAGAGGUUACCGACUGCACUGAGCAACUCCUUGCGGCCAAUGUGGAGUACUUCCAGGAUCAAAAUGGAGUCGACACCUUGCUGGACGUGUGCGUUGGCCUACCAAUACUGAAUCGCUACCGAUCAAAAUAUUUGGAGACCAUCAACGGCGGCAAGCCGCUCUAUUUGCCUCUGACGCAAGUGGAGGGCACCACUGUGAAAUCGAGCAUGAAUCACAUGCUCACUGAUCUCACUAUUUUGAGUCAGGCUCAUGCCUUGAUUGUGUUGCAGCCGCUGACUCCCAGUCGAAUUGAACGGCUAUCGAUGUGCGGCAUUGCUGCCUUAUACAAUGCAGUAUUGACUUCGAUAGCCACCAGUGUUCUCGGAAUGAGCCAGGCCGGCAGCUCCCAAAAGCAGCAGACUGCAUCCACUAGUCAAGGGAGCGGUGGAGGCGGUUCCAGCUCUGGGCAAACCAACAAAGACCACGACGACUUUGAGGAGCAGGCCUGUAACAUAGUGAACAAGGCUCUAGAGAUAUACUCAAAUAUUGGCGAUAUGUUUAAGGCGUCGGCCCGGAUUCAUGUGUAUCAGAACCAUCUCUGCUAUGGCAGCUGGCUGCUUAUUAGCGGUAUCCAAGGAGCAAUGGGCGCCUCCGGAAGUGGUGGAACAAGCUUGGAGACAGCGUCCAAAUCGGCAACCAAAGCUGCCAAGACAGGAAGUGAGGCUGGAACCGCUCCUACCACACCUAUAGCCAGAGUGAAUCUAUUCAAAGUCCAGCAAGGAUUUGGGGAGCUCAAUGCAGCAAUUGCCAAUCACAGCAUUAAACUGUUAUCUGAGUUAAUUGAAGAUCUAAAGAUUGAGUCCGCCUGUGGACAGAGGCCUGAAUCCCCAGAGGUGCCGGAGCCAGCACAGUUCGACAUCUUGCAAAACUAUAGUUCGUUGGAGAGGAUUGUCAGAGUGCUUAACACGGCCACGCUCCAUCAGCUAUUCACAUUUCUGGCCACGGUGGCUUACCGCAAGGCCUGCACCUUGAGACGCGCCUCCGCAAAGGAUCGCACGGAAUGCGAACCCAUAAGCUACUCAGAUUCUACCACCUAUUUUAACGACUCUCUCUCCUGCUCUGACAAUUCGGAGGAGGACGACAGCGAGAGCUAUCUGGGCCACUGGUUUAAGGAAACCCUUUCCCCAGAAACACACGACGAUAAUGCAAAUACAUCCACACAAGAACGUGGAGAACAGAAAAGCGCCCUUGUCCCCAAACUGGAUGAGCCACAUGAAUAUUUAGAUUUGGCGGCCGACAUAUUCUGUUUCCUGGACCAAUUUCUAGCCAACCGGCACGCAUACAUGCAGCGCUAUGUAAAGGCGGGAGUCAGUGAUCAGCAAAUGCUGUUAAUGGCUAACAUAAUCAAGGAUUUCGACCGGGAUGUCAUGCGAAAUGAGUGCGAACAGGGGUCGGGAAAUGCUCCAGCUGCUAAUGCGGGAGCAGGAUCAUCUGUAGUGACUUCUACCAAGUGGCAAACCUCUAUGAUUCGCUUUUCGGGAGCUGCUGGACGCUAUAUACACAAUUUGAUAUCCACUUCGCUGCUUUCCGAGCAACUACAGUCCAAUCUGUUGCAGCACUUAUCCAUAUCACCGUGGUCCACCGAUACGAGCACCUGGCCCCUGCAGGUUUACCCAAGUACCUUGUCAGUACUCGUGCAAAUCCUAUUGCUGAAGCCCACACAAGAGAAGGAGGCCGCGUGUCUAUCUGUGUGGCAUCGGCUGAUUAAUACUUUGGUUGAGGGCGUCUGCUCCUGGACUGCCGCUAGUGAUUCUGACUACGAAGACUUAAAUAUAGAGCAUGCCCAACUGCUUCUUUUCCUAUUCCACUCGCUCAACCUGAUGCAAAAGAAGUCCAUUCUGCUCUUGACAGCUGGAGGAGUUAUCCGCUGUGCCGAAGUUUGCCGUGGAAUCAGCGGGGAUCGACCCGUAAGAAACAGCCAAAUGAUGCUGUUAUCCCGCUUGCUUCUAUUUUUGGAGUAUCUUAUGAAGCAUUUGUACAAUGCCCCUCCUGAGUUGCUGGACCAGGUUCGCUGGAAUCUGUUCAGCGUAAGCAGCAUGCCGGAAAGCCAAAAGAUCACGGAUCUGCUUAACAGCCGAACCAAACUGAAUUCCUAUUGCCGCCAGGAUAUUGAGGAAAAGUUCCGAAAGUCAGCUGGUGAAUAUGGAUCAGCAAUUCGCCCAACUUUUUAUUCUCUGGUUAUGGGCGAUCCCGAAAAACCCUAUUGGGCGCAGGAAUUCAAAUUGGAUGGCCUGGCCUGGAACUUUAUCCUCUGCACUCCAGACAAGCUCAAGUAUCCGCUACUAGUAGAUGCCUUGACUGACAUACUCUCCAUCACCGAUAUGUCUGUAUAUUCCAAAGAAAAGGAAAAAGAAGCAAGCAUGCACAAUUUGUGUGCAAUGCAGUACUGCUUUAGCAUUGCAUGGAAGCUAGUUUUGGGUCUGCCGCCCUCUACGUCUCACGUAGAGUCCCUGAAGGCCGAACGCUCUCCCAACCUGCAUUCUCUGAUCUGGAGUAUUCGCUGCCCACUGUCCAGUUCACACUACCUGGUGGUUAACAGUCUUAUCAAGCAGGGAAUGUAUACUCAGUACGCCGAGACGCUGUGGAAUCAAGUGGGCGAUAUAGCGGCCGAUAUGAAAUAUAGUCUGAAGCAAACCAUUCUUGGUGUGGAAUCGUUUAAUAGUCAGAUGAACGGAAACGCGGGCACUCCAAGGCUCUCCGAUCUCAUUCUCUUUGAUUCUUUGGUGGCCCAUAUGCAUGCGGUGGCUUGGGCGAACAAGGAAGGCUACAAGUGGCCCCGAAAGGAGAGCGAAGAUGCUUCCAGCGAUCAGUCCUCUACAGCGGGUACUUCUUUAACUAGCACGCCCAACGAUCCCGAACUGUAUUCUUCGAACGAGUCAAUCGAUGAGCAAAAGUCAAAACAUGAAGAGGAGGGAAAGCUGCCUAGUGAUCUGCAGAAACAUAACCAACUGGUAAACGAGCUUAUAGUUAAGCUUAUGAAUUCCUACCGCCUGCUUUCGGUCAUUGUACGUGGUCAGAUGCUGAAGCAAUUGUCAAGUUCGACACCGGAGCAAGCAUUGAAUCUGAUUGUUCCCAUUGUAAGCGAUAAGCCAGCGAUAAUGUUGGAACUUCAUGCGGCCUUUCUAAAACUCCUGCCCAAUGAGGAUAAACAACUGAUAGCAAACGAAUGGCCUAAGUGCCUAAUGGUCAAUGAUUCCGCAUUUGAUGGCAAGCAACAUCCAGUGGAGCCGUACACCUUGAACGUGAUAGAUGCUCAUAUAAUAGAGCUGACACGAGGAGCCAGUUACUCUACCCUGCACACUCUGAAGCACUGCUUAAAGUCAAUCCUUCAAUUGUUUGAACUUCUGCUCCCACAUUGCUCUGCCAACACUGAGGUGGAAGCCCAACUUAAGCUUCUGUUAAUCUCCUCAAUGCUGGACAUGCGAACUGAUUACUUGCAAGGCCAAAGCGAACAGUGCUUACGGGAGAUCCUCAGCGGUUUGACCUUAGAGGCCCAAAAACUGCUGCUUUUUGAGCACAUGAUUGGAUAUUGCUAUCGCAUGCUGAAAGAUUUUGCAACCGAGCUUAGGCAGCCACAAACUGUGGCGCAUGGCGGCGGAGCUCCUCUAGAUCAGGAUCGUGCCAUGUUUAAUGAGUCCAUGUUGUUUGCCGUGCUCAAAACCAUGAUCAAGAUGCUGGAAAAGCCCGUGGCGGUGCAAGCCAUGCGACAGUUUUUUAAGGAUCAGAAAUCUGGGAGUCUCACAACACUUCUGCUUUCAUUCACCGGCACCAGUCUGCCCGUCAGCUAUGCGCGCAAGAUGCUGCAGUUUGUUGAACGCCUUUUCCAGCAAUCCUUGCAACCAGAUUCCCAGUUUCAACAUGAGGAUCUGGUUGAGUGCUUUUCGGAGCUAGCCACUGUUGAUGUAGCUCGCUUAAAGCUCUGGUUGGCCCACAUUAUCUAUGGACCUAACGUAAGCACGGAAGUAAGCACCUCAGAGGCAUUGGACACCACCUGCCGGAUGCUCACCAGCAUUUUGCAACCAUCAAGCAGCUCUAGCAGCAAUGCUCAGACUCCAACUAAUAUGGCCACCGUUUCUGCUAUGCCGAGUAUCUCCGACCAGUUGGACCCCAUGGACAUUGACUACGACAGCGCAACUGCAGCGGGAGGCGGAGAAAGCGGCACAGGAGCAGGAGGAGCUGCGGCCAAUACCUCUCAGAUUCUGAGCUUGUGGCAAGCGGCACAACCAAAUCCGUCAGAAGACUCCUCGCAGGCUUGCGAUCACAGUGGAAGCGAACGAAAUGGAGCGCUUCUUUUGAGCUUUGUCAAGUCCUUGGUGAAAGAUCAGAGCAAAGCGGCACAGAUUGCUCCUCCAUUGUUCCAAGCUUUGCUGCAGCUGGGACAAACUUUAAUAUCCCCACCACAAGAUGGCUGCGAUUUUGCUGAUGUACUCCAGAUAAUGAUAACUCUGGCAGAUGCCAGCCCCGCACGAGGCCAUGUCGCCUUGUUUAAUACCACGCUUCUUUGGCUGGAACUGGCCAAGUUGCAACUACCGGACAAGCAUCUAAAACAUGCUGAGAAUGUUAGCGCCCAGCUGCGCUAUCUUAGCGAACUCCUGCAAAGUAUCGGCUACCGUGGUAGUCGGCAGCACAUCCCGCCGUGGGAUGAUGAGCUGCAGACGGAUAUUGAUGAUCUUUACGAUGAGCUAGCCGAGGAGGGCGAGCAGGACUCGCUGCUGGAUGACUCCGACGAGGACACUUUAAAUAACAAGCUGUGUACCUUCUCGCAGACGCAAAAGGAGUUCAUGAACCAACACUGGUACCACUGUCACACCUGCAACAUGAUUAACACAGUUGGCGUGUGCUCAGUGUGCGCGAGGGUUUGCCAUAAGGGACACGAUGUGAGUUACGCCAAGUACGGAAACUUCUUCUGUGACUGCGGAGCCAAGGAGGAUGGAUCCUGUCAGGCUUUGAGCAGGCGGCUUGGUAGUAGUGAGGUCAGAGAUUCAUCCGGAAUGGGUAGCUACCUACCGUCCCACAUGAGCUUACUGGCUGGAAAAAAGAGGAGCAGCCCACCGGUUACUCAGCCAGUACCUGCACGAAAGGAUUCCUUGACUAGCGAACGAAUCGCGGUGCUUAGCAAACUUUUGGAACCUUAUCGAGAAACUCUUCAGCACCAGGAUCAGUGGCUGUUGGUUGUUAGAUGUAUCCUGGAGUACUUUGACGUGUUGCUCCCAUCGAUAAAGGAAAACUGUACACUGUACUCCAUUGUCGGCUGCCAUAAGAGAGCAAGAGCGGCAUUGGAGCGACUUCACCAGCUCGAGCAGAGCUUCCAAGUGACGGAUCAACUUAUGUUUGCCACUUUGGGCUCACAAGAGGGUGCCUUCGAAAAUGUGCGGAUGAAUUACUCUGGCGAUCAGGGUCAGACCAUAAAGCACUUGAUAUCUUCUGGAGUGGUCCGCCGUGUUGCAUUCUGUUGCUUGUCCUCGCCACAUGGACGACGUCAGCAGUUGGCUGUGUCUCAUGAGAAGGGAAAAGUGACCAUCCUUCAACUCUCGGCACUGCUUAAGCAGGCUGACGCAUCCAAGAGAAAGUUAACUUUAACGCAACUGAGUUCAGCACCCAUUGCCUGUACGGUUCUCUCCCUGGCUGCCAAUCCCUGCAAUGAGGAUUGUCUGGCUGUUUGUGGCUUGAAGGAGUGUCAUGUGCUCACCUUUUCAAGCAGUGGCAGUACCAACGAACACAUUGUGGUGAGUCCCCAACUGGAAAACGGAAACUACAUAAAAAAAGCUGUGUGGCUACCCGGCUCACAGACUCUCUUGGCGAUUGUCACCUCUGAUUAUGUAAAGAUUUACGACUUGGCAGUGGAUACAUACAGCCCGAAGUACUAUUACCUAGUCGCCGUAGGCAAGAUUCGAGAUUGCACAUUUAUGUACCAGGAUGGCAACUACUAUAUGCUGAGCUUUGCCAGCAGUGGAUACAUUUACACUCAGCAGUUGGAUCAACAAAGCCUGGCGGUUCAUGGAGAUUUCUAUGUGACCAACACACUGGAGCUAAGUCACCAACAUAUCAAGGAUAUUAGUGGUCAAGUUGGUGGCGGUGGAGUGUCGAUCUAUUACUCCCAUACCCUUCAACUGCUCUUCUACAGUUACUCCUCCGGAAGAAGCUUCUUUUCACCACUCACCAAUGUUAAUGAUGGCGUGAGGGGAAUAUAUCACCUGGACACCAAUUCAGUCACCAAGUCUGCCUCAAAGGGUCCACUCCAGCCUUUGGUCCAGUGGACAGAGGUUACAGGUCAUCCAGGAUUGGUUUACGCCAGUAUGCAGACAUCGAAUAACCCUAUUAUUUUGAUGAUCACACCUGAACGGAUUUACCUGCAAGAAAUCAAGGCGCAGUCGGCCAAAUCCCGGAUUAUGGACGUAGUUGGCAUCCGUCAUGCGGUCGCCGGAAUAGAGAAAACCACGCUUCUGCUGCUUUGCGAGGACGGAAGCUUGAGGAUCUUCUCCGCACAACCAGAACACACUAGCUUUUGGCUCUCACCGCAAGUUCAGCCAUUUGGUAAUCAGCUGUACUCAUCCACCUUAAUGGCGAAGGUUGGAGUAAGUUCUACUCCAAAGUCCAAGACCAAUGCGGCAUCUGGAAAGUUGUCCAACAGGAAGGCAAGCCAACAGCAAAAACAACUUACGGCUGGAGGUCAGCCAGUGUUCCCAAUUGACUUUUUCGAACACUGCAACAUGCUGGCCGAUGUAGAGUUCGGAGGCAAUGAUCUGCUCCAGAUUUACAACAAACAGAAACUAAAGACACGUCUGUUCUCAACGGGAAUGUUUGUGGCCAGCACUCGGGCGAAUGGCUUUACCCUGGAGGUGAUCAACAAUGAUCCAAAUGUGGUCAUUGUGGGAAUACGAGUGUUGAUUGGAACUCAGGAUGUACAGCGUGCUCCUCUAUCGGUCAGCAUUUUGGGACGCACAAUUCCCACACCGGUAAGGAGGGCACGCUGGUUCGACAUCCCCCUGACCCGGGAGGAGAUGUUCCAAUCGGACAAGCUUUUAAAAGUCGUCUUCGCCAAAUCCCAGGAUCCGGAGCAUGUGACACUACUGGAUUGCAUCGAGGUCUAUGGAAAGUCAAAAGAGCUGGUGGGCUGGCCCGACGAAAGCGAGGAUGCCAAUGCACCUGGAUCGAGUGUGCCACAAGUAUCUUCUUCCCAAGCAAGUAGCGCCAACUUUGGAGAGGGCUUCAACUGCAUUACUCAGUUGGAUCGAAUGGUCAAUCACCUUUUGGAGGUAAUGGACUGUGCGCUGCACCUGUUGGGAUCUGGAGUGCCAACUCCCAUCCGACAAAAGGCAGUAAAGACAGCGAGUGCGCUUUUGUUGCUGCCCACGCCUAAUCCUGUACAGACGCAGGCCCGCUAUGUGCUGGCCACGCUUUACGGAACCAGGGCAACCUACCACAGCUACAAGGAUGGAGUGCUUUUACAGUUCGUUUAUGGAGAACUGCAGGCUAUGCAACCAAAGCUCGAGAAACUAGAAUCUCUACAGGAGAUCGAUCCUGAGGCGUUCUACCGCCUAAUUCUCCUCGUUCGUGGCAUUGCCAACGCACGUCCGCAAUCUCUAGCCAAGAUCUGCGCGGAGAACAACUACGACAUAGUACCAACCCUUAUGGGAUUUGUCUUGGAGUUGCACAAGGUUACGCCGGAGCUUGAUGAGCCCAUAAAUAUCGUGAAGAGGGGAUUGUGUCAGGCGGAGACAAUUGUUCACUGUCUCGUGGAGAUUAUGUACGGAUUUGCCUUAGCCGAUCCUGGUCAGGUUGGUCGCAUGACUAAAUACUUCAUCGAUCUGCUCAAGCAUGAUGCUAGUGUGAUUAGUCACAGCGCCAAGGAAGCAUUAAUCUUGUUGCUGAGUCCGAGAGUAAAGCGCAGAAAGGUGGCCAUAGUUACACCCCCGGCCUGUUCCACACCCACUCCUUCCACCUCCACCAUGCAGACUUUACAAGCAGUGGCUGCCUCGACUGCUAGUGAUAUCAUCGAGGAAGCAGCUGCCGUUGCUGUGGAUGCUGCAGUAGGAGGUGGUGGAUUACCCGACCCGAAUCCGGACGCGGAAGGAGGUGUAGUGGAAGUAGGAGCAGUGGGUCAGCAGCAAAUACUCAACCUGGAGGCCUUCAUGGGUGGCGGUUUCCCACGUUUACUUGGUCUUCCCGAAGAUGCGGACGAUGAAGCCAUCAUGGACAUUGCCAUCGCUUUAAGCCUGCAACAGCAUGGUGGAGAUGCGAACGCCCUGCAGUCCCUUCAACAAGGCUUGGCUAAUCUUCAGGGAAUCCGUCAAGCUGCAGCCAUGGCAGCGGCGUCGAACGCAGCGGCCAGUGUCUCCGCAGGUGGUUCGGAUGACGAUGAAGGUUCAAAUGUAGCAACCGAUGGAUCAACAUUGCGCACUUCCCCUGCAGAGCCUGCUGGAAGCGGGGGAUCAGAGAGUGGGGGCAGUGGAGUUGAGAGUAUUGGCGGUACAUCCGCCAGAAGCAGCAACUUCGGAGACCACGCGAAUGCUUCUCCUCCGCGUCAGGGUUCCGCUAAGGAUGAUCAAGAGCAACCAGGUCCUAGUGGGGUGGGUGGUUCUGGUGGUGUCGCUGGCUUCAGUGCCAUGAGCAGCAGUGAGGAUAACGAAAUCAACGAGGACGAUAAGCUCAGCAAGCUACAUGAUUUGAGGAUUGCUGUGCUAGAGAGUAUUAUCCAACACCUAGGCACCUUUGACCUGUGCAAUGGACUUCAGGCCAUACCUCUUAUACAGGUGAUUCUCAUGCUGACUACCGAUCUUAACGGCAACAAUGAUCGAGACCAGCAGGUGCUUCAAGAUCUGCUCAGUGCUUUGGUGGACUAUGUGGAAAUUGGCAAACGAGGAGCUGCAUCAAGGAUGGAAACGAAGUGUCCUGGCAAUGAGGUGCGCCUGGCAUUGCUUUCCCUUUUUGGAGUGAUGAUGGGCAAGACAAAGUCAAAGCAGACUGGAACCACAUCGCCCCCGCAUCAGUUCAAGGACAACAGUUCCUUUGUGGCUAGCACCACGGCUAAUGUUCUCAGCAAGAGUGGAGCAUUUGUUUACGCCUUAGAGGCACUGAACACGCUUCUGGUGCACUGGAAGAACGUGCUUGGAGAUCCCUAUGCAGCGGGUGGUGGCGUGGGAUCGUCGCAGUCUGCUCAGCCCAGUGGAGGAUCUUCAGGUCCUGGAGUUCAGUUACUGAAGCCGAUUAAGCAUGGCCCCAAGCCUGACAUAUCCAUACUGAUCCCACACAACUAUUUGAAGAACUACCCGGAUAUCUUUGAGUCAUACGAUGGUCUGCUUACUGAGAUUAUUGUGCGAUUGCCCUACCAGAUACUUCGCUUAAGUAGCGCACAUCCUGAUAACUACGACAGUGGAUUCUGCGAAGCCAUGACCUUUACGCUAUGUGAGUACAUGAUGCUUAACCUGAACACUCUGCUGCGACGGCAAGUUAGAAAGCUACUCAUGUACAUCUGCGGGAGCAAGGAAAAGUUCCGCAUGUAUCGCGACGGUCACUCCCUCGACGCUCAUUUCCGGGUUGUUAAAAGGGUGUGCAACAUUGUCAGCACCAAGACUGGCGCUCCCUACAACGCCAAUCCUCCUCUGCUCACCUACGACGCACUCGUGGAGUUGACAGAACACCUGCGUACUUGCCAGGAGAUCAGCCAGAUGCGUACGGGCAAUUGGCAGAAGUUCUGCGUCGUUCAUGAAGAUGCCUUAGCCAUGCUGAUGGAAAUCGCCUGUUACCAAUUGGAUGAUGGCGUGUCCCCCAUUAUUAUACAAUUGCUUCAGGCGGCUGUGUGCAACUUACCCGCUCCUAACGGAUCUAAGCAGGCACAACCGCAGCCAUCGACAUCAUCUUCUGGAAAGCUUCGAACCGAUCGGGAGAAGAGCGAGGACACAGACGCUUACUACUCCAAGUUUGAUCCUGCACAAUGUGGGACAUUUGUGCACCAGAUCUUCAGGUAUGCGUGUGAUGCCCUGAUCAUCCGGUUUGUGAGGAUCUUCCUGCUGGAAAAUAACAUAAGUCAGCUGAGAUGGCAGGCCCACUCAUUUAUGACCGGACUAUUUGAGCAUGCCAAUGAAAGGCAGCGGGAGAAACUGCUUAACAUAUUCUGGAACCUGUGGCCGCUGGUACCAACUUAUGGAAGGAGAACAGCGCAGUUUGUAGACCUACUGGGCUAUCUCACACUGAGCACCCGGAGUAUAACGGAGCGAUUGCCAGAGUUUGUCUCCCGGGCAGUGGAUGUUCUGCGGCAGCAAAAUGAACUGCUUUGCAAGCAUCCCAAUGCUCCAAUAUACACCACCCUUGAGUCCAUUCUUCAAGUAAAUGGCUACUACCUCGAAUCUGAGCCAUGUUUGGUGUGCAAUAAUCCAGAGGUACCGAUGGCCAACAUCAAAUUACCAUCAGUUAAGUCUGAUUCAAAGUACACCACGACCACUAUGAUUUACAAACUGGUGCAAUGUCACACUAUUUCGAAAUUAAUCGUGAGGAUUGCUGACUUAAAGCGAACAAAGAUGGUGAGGACCAUUAAUGUCUACUACAAUAACCGAAGCGUCCAGGCGGUAGUCGAGCUAAAGAAUCGGCCGGCACUGUGGCACAAAGCUCGCUCUGUAUCCCUGCAAUCCGCACAAACCGAAUUGAAGAUCGAUUUUCCGCUGCCGAUCACAGCGUGCAAUUUGAUGAUCGAAUUUGCAGAUUUCUUCGAAACUGUGAGUGGAUCCAGUGAGAAUCUUCAGUGCCCAAGAUGCAGUGCAGCAGUACCUGCAUAUCCAGGAGUCUGUGGCAAUUGCGGCGAGAACGUUUUCCAGUGCCACAAAUGUCGCGCUAUUAACUACGAUGAGAAGGAUCCUUUCCUGUGUCACUCGUGUGGCUUCUGCAAGUACGCCAAGUUCGAUUUCAGCAUGUACGCCCGCGUUUGCUGCGCUGUUGAUCCCAUCGAAUCGGCAGAGGAUCGGGUGAAAACCGUUUCUCUAAUACACAGCUCUCUGGAACGAGCGGAUAGAAUAUACCGUCAGUUGCUGACGAACAAGCAAAUGCUGGAGCUCCUUAUCCAGAAGGUGGCUGAGCACAGAAGCAGCGACCGCAUGGUGGAGGACAACAUGGCGAGCGUACACAGCACCUCACAGGUGAACAAGAUCAUCCAGCUGCUGGCCCAGAAAUACUGCGUGGAAUCACGCACGAGUUUCGAGGAGCUAAGCAAGAUCGUCCAGAAGGUCAAGGCAUGUCGCAGCGAGCUCGUGGCCUACGAUCGUCAACAGCAGGACCAGCCGCCAGUCAAUCCGGGCUCGACGUCCGAGAAUCCCACCACAAACCGCUGCUACGGUUGUGCCCUGGCUUCCACCGAGCAGUGUCUAACGCUUCUCCGAGCCAUGGCCUACAACUACGAUUGUCGCGUUGGAUUGUAUAGUCAGGGACUCGUAAGUGAACUAGCCGAGCACAAUUUGCGGCGGGGCACUCCGCAGAUUCAAGAAGAAGUCCGCAACCUUCUGGUUGUGCUGACCAAAGAUAACGCCGAGGCAUGCAUGCACUUACUUCAGCUGGUAACCACAAGGGUGAAGAAUGCGCUAAUGGGAUCAAUACCUCUGAUAAGUCUAGAAGCAGCUGUGCACCAGGAGAUGACACUGCUGGAAGUCCUUUUGGGACAGGACGAUGUCUGCUGGGAAUACAAGUUGAAGGUCAUCUUUGAGCUGUUUAUUAGCAACUGCAGGUUGCCUCACGGACCGGUGACUUCAGUGCUGCAUCCAUGCCUGCGCAUCAUGCAGAAUCUCAUCUGUCCGGUGCUGCCAAGCAGCAAGCCCAAUCAGAAGGUAGCCACUACGGAUCUGUGCAGUAUGAAGCUGCUUGAAGGCAACACAGUCGACUACAGAGCUUGGCUCAACUCAGAUCGCAAUCAUGAGUACGCUGCAUGGAGCAGCCGGAUGCCCAGCAAUAGUCAGGGCAAGCAUAAGAAUACCAAGGAGCAGAUUGGACCAGCCUCGGGAACAGGCGGAUCAGCUGCAACAGAAGCCGCUCCGAGGACUAGACGUGAGGUGCGGGUCGCCUUUCUAAGCGAAAAGUACGGAAAGCGCUGGAGGGAGCGGGUACUGGACAAGCAGCGAUUGAUUAAGCCUCUGGUUUUCAACGCUAAGUGGAUCCAACCGUUGCUAUUUAACGCAAACUCUAGAUUCGGCCGCCAGCUGGCGUGUUCCUUGCUAAGCAGCUUGAGCAGGACCAACGAUCGGAGGCAGCAAGCCCUGAACAUGCUUACGUCCUUUUUGAAGCAUGUGGGAGAAGCAGGCGAGGCCAGUGCAGAGUACUUAAUGCUGUAUAAGAGCAUGGCUACGGAGCAACCCUGGCUGCAGUAUUUAGUGCUAAAAGGAGUACUUAGCCAAAUCUCACAGCUUUUGGCUAUUGAAAUAGGCAAGGUGCAUCGCAUGGAGGAGCACUCGCUCUCCUCAGAUUUGUCCUUGGGCUAUGCUCUGCGGCAGUAUGUGGAGCUGUUGUGGUUACUCCUCGAGUGUCCAAACAUCCGCAGGACGUACAAGACCCGCAUGCUUGGUCCCGUUUUAGAAAGCUAUCUUGCCCUGCGAAGUUUAGUGGUGCAGCGAACGAGGCUUAUUGACGACGCCCAGGAGAAGUUGCUCGAGAUGCUAGAGGACAUGACCAGCGGUACCGAGGAGGAGACUCGUGCCUUCAUGGAAAUUCUCAUCGACACAGUGGAGAAGACGCGCAUGAAUGACAUCAAAACACCGGUGUUCAUCUUCGAGCGGUUAUAUUCCAUUAUACAUCCUGAGGAGCACGACGAAAGCGAGUUCUAUAUGACGUUGGAAAAGGAUCCUCAGCAAGAGGACUUUCUGCAGGGCCGCAUGCUGGGUAAUCCUUAUCCUUCCAGUGAAAUGGGGUUGGGACCACUAAUGCGGGAUGUCAAAAAUAAGAUCUGCACCGAUUGCGAACUAAUUGCUCUAUUGGAAGACGAUAACGGCAUGGAACUGCUGGUGAAUAACAAAAUUAUUAGUCUCGACUUGCCCGUUAAGGAUGUGUACAAAAAAGUUUGGUUAGCAGAAGGAGGGGAUCGAGAUGCCAUGAGGAUCGUUUACCGCAUGCGCGGUCUUCUGGGAGACGCCACCGAGGAGUUUGUGGAAACGCUGAACAAUAAAAGCCAGGAGCAGGUGGACACUGAACAGCUCUAUCGCAUGGCCAACGUACUGGCUGAUUGCAACGGGCUCCGCGUAAUGUUGGACAGAAUUGGAAGUCUGCAGCGCAUCUCGCGCAACCGAGAGCUUAUCCAGGUGCUGCUUAAGCUGUUCUUGAUUUGCGUGAAAGUGCGCCGUUGCCAAGAAGUGCUCUGUCAGCCCGAAAUUGGGGCUAUCAACACGUUGCUGAAGGUGCUGCAAAUGUGUCUACAGUCGGAGAACGAUUCGAUUCAGUCUGCGGUCACCGAGCAGUUACUAGAGAUCAUGGAGACCAUUCUCUCGAAAGCAGCCAGCGAUACUUUAGAUUCGUUCCUGCAGUUUUCGCUGACAUUUGGUGGACCGGAGUAUGUAAGUGCCUUGAUAUCGUGCACUGACUGUCCGAACGUUAGAAACAAUCCAUCGGUGCUGCGCCAUCUUAUACGUGUUUUGGCUGCGUUGGUCUACGGCAAUGAAGUAAAAAUGGCUCUUCUUUGCGAGCAUUUUAAGGACACUUUGAGCUUUAAACGUUUUGACAACGAGCGCACACCCGAAGAAGAGUUUAAACUGGAACUCUUUUGCGUUCUGACUAACCAAAUCGAGCACAACUGCAUUGGUGGAACUCUUAAGGAUUACAUAGUUAGUCUGGGCAUCGUGGAGCGAUCGCUAGCUUACAUCACCGAGCAUGCACCUUGUGUCAAACCCACUCUCUUGCGAACCGACUCUGAUGAGCUUAAAGAGUUCAUCUCGCGGCCGAGCUUAAAGUACAUACUUCGCUUCCUCACCGGACUCUCAAAUCAUCAUGAGGCCACCCAGGUCGCCAUCAGCAAGGACAUUAUACCCAUUAUUCACCGCCUGGAGCAAGUAUCCAGUGAUGAGCACGUGGGCAGUCUGGCGGAAAACCUUUUGGAAGCGCUUUCCACAGAUUCGGCGACAGCAGCGAGGGUGCAACAAGUGCGGGAUUUCACACGGGCAGAGAAGAAGCGGCUGGCUAUGGCCACGCGAGAAAAACAACUUGACGCUUUGGGAAUGCGCACGAAUGAGAAGGGCCAGGUGACUGCCAAGGGUUCGAUCCUUCAGAAGAUCGAAAAACUGAGAGACGAAACGGGCCUGACGUGCUUCAUCUGUCGCGAGGGCUACGCCUGCCAGCCAGACAAGGUGUUGGGCAUCUACACGUUCACUAAGCGCUGCAAUGUCGAGGAAUUCGAGCUCAAGUCGAGGAAGACAAUCGGAUAUACAACAGUAACCCACUUCAAUGUGGUUCAUGUAGACUGCCACACAUCAGCCAUAAGAUUGACGCGAGGAAGAGAUGAAUGGGAGCGGGCUAGUUUGCAGAAUGCUAACACCAGAUGUAAUGGGUUGCUGCCUCUUUGGGGUCCCGCCGUUGCAGAGGUGGCCUUCUCCGCCUGCAUGACUCGCCACAGCAGCUAUAUGCAGGAGAGCACCCAGCGCUGUGAUAUAUCCUAUACAAACAGCGUGCAUGACUUGAAGCUUCUGUUGGUGCGAUUUGCCUGGGAACGCAGUUUCCACGACGACGCCGGCGGGGGCGGUCCGCAGUCAAACAUGCACUUUGUACCCUACCUGCUCUUUUACUCCGUCUAUCUACUGCUUUCCUCCCGAUCUGCCGCCAGGGACAGCAAGACUCUGCUUACAUAUUUACAGGCAGCACCCAGCGAAAAGUGGUUGGAAUGCGGUUACGAGGUGGAUGGUCCGCUAUAUAUGGCAACCAUUUCACUCUCACUGCAUAGUCGAGAGAUGUGGAAUAAGCAUAAGUUGGCGCAUCUGAAGAGGAUGCUAGCAGUGGCCCAGGCCCGGCACAUCUCGCCCUCGGUGUUGUGCAAGGCGUUGUUGGCACCUGCGGAUCGGCAGUCGAAGGAGUACAGUGUGUACAAACCCUUCCUUAUGAUGUGGGCGUUGGUAGACUUGAUCUACAACAAUCUGUUCAAGACUGUAAACACGCCUAAGGAGGAGGAUUGGCCGAUUUCCCUGUUCGAUUACCUUCGAAAGAACGAUGAGGCUUUGCUGAAAUCCACGGAUAGUAUCCUGCAGACCUUAACGGAUGAAUUCCUGCCGUGCACUUCCUUUGGAGAGUUCUGCGAUGUAGCAGGUCUUCUGCAUCUCAUCGAGCAGCCAGACAGCUUUAUCGAAGAAAUCCUCGCAGCCCUGCCUUCUACCACAAGCUCUAGUUAAAAUACAAUCGUUGAUUCAACCAACUAAACCGUAGAAUUCGAAGCAAUGGCUUGCUUAUAUAUAAACAUACAGCAUAAAUAUAUAUUUAUCACAUUAAAAUAUUUAAUCAAUAAAUUUUUCGUUUGCACAAUGAAUUUAAAUAGCA